AUGACGUCAGCGAUCUUCAGGUCGAGUCCUGAGUUCCCGAUUUUACAAUUCCCGAGUUGGAUGAAAACAUCAGAGUAUUCGGCCAUGGCUCUAGCCGGUGGAUUGGAGGAGAUGAAAACCAAUCUGGCCAAUCCAGGGUCAGCGGGGGAGCUAGGAGCCAGUGUUCCGGGCCCACAGUCCUAUCCACUACCAGGUCGAGACCUCUGCAGCACCACCCUCCCCGGCUACCCCCCACACGUCCCCCCAACGGGCCAGGGCAGCUACUCUGCCUCCUCACUGACUGGUAUGGUACCUGGAGGAGAUUUCUCCGGGAGUCCCUAUUCCCACCCUCAGUAUUCCACAUAUAACGAGUCCUGGAGAUUUCCAAACCCCAGCCUGUUAGUGUUCCAACAGGACUAUGGGUCUCUUCUGGGGACUGAGAUCGGAUGUUCCUCUGGGCUCUUCACUGCCAGCCAGACGGGACAGAUGCAAGGGGGGGGGGGGGGGUCGCCGUACUACUACAGCGCGGCAUCGCGAGGGGCGGGACCGGCUGCCACGGCAACUGCCUCCGCCUACGACCGCCACUGACCCUGCCCAUCAAUGAUGAAGAGGAAGAGGAGGAAGAAAGGAGAGAUAGCACCAGCACUGUCCAA